AUUUUUAUUGGCUUUUUAGAGAAGAUAAGGCUAUGACUUUGUUAGGACAAGAACAGAAAACUUUGUCAGGUGUGAAUUUUUUUAGAAGACAUUAUCGUAAUCUAACGUUGUCGUUGUAGUAGUAAAAAUGCGAUGCCCCAUCAUUUUCACUUCACAUCACAUCAUCCUCUUCCUUUGCCUUUUUCUUCAUUCACUUUCUCUUUGUCUCAUUUUCUUUUCCUUUUUUUUUUCCUUCCAAAACAAUCAUAAAACAAAACAAAGAAAAGGAAACAAGAGCGUUUAUAGAAUGGCUCAAAACAGCUCAAAAUAGGGUUUCGUUUGUUUUGCUUUACUUAAAUUCCCCAGAUUUCUUCAUAACCCAGUUCAAGUUUAGCCUAUUUUAAGCCAGGAAUAGCAGAUUUGUGGUGAAUCUUAUUUGAAGUGGCAUACUGGAGUGGAAAGUUACUUAAGUGCACUUCUGUGUCCCAUUGUUAUUCCUCCAAAGAUGGGAAUCUGAUAUGCCUUCUGGUUUGCUUCAAGUCUUGAGUGGAUCGCAGUGAGCUUCAAUAAUAUCUGUGCUUUAAGUUUGUUGACAUUUGGCUAUGCUUGAUUUCUGAUAAGCAUGUAGAGUUCCAUACUUUCAUGAAAAUCUUAAAGUAGAUUACUGGACAACCUUAUUGUGCCAAUAGAAUAUAGCUAAUACGGGUGCACUUUGUUGUGUGGCCGCUAGGCCACAUGGAACAAAAUCACCAACAACCAGAAGGGACUGUUCCAUGGAUCAUGAUGAACCACAUUGGAGGACAAACUCUAGUUUUUCACCUCCUCCAUUGAGGAUAUGGGACUGUAGGUUACAUUCAGAUGGUUUGCCGCAUGGGUCACAUGGUACAGGUUUACAUGUUUCAUCAAUGCCCUCAAAUAGCAGGGGUAGCAGAAGCAGGGUAGGCAGUGAAGAGUACAUCAAUCAUCACCAUUCUGUUUCCGAUGGUGCACUCUCUUAUUCUGGCAGCCCGCCUGAUAGUGCUCAGGUACCACGAUGGACUUCACCCAUACAAAGGUUCAAUCUAGAGGAACUCCCUGCCCCUAAUGUUGGAGGACCAAUUCCCCAGACCUCUUGGUUCCCUUGCUCCGCUGAGAGGCAAUAUGCUAUUAAAGCAACUGCAGCAUCCCCUAGCUUUGGAUCCCUUUCCUCACUUUCUGAGUCUAGUCUCUGGGAAUCCACUAGCAAGCAGCUCUUCUCAUUUCCUAACUGCAACUUCUCUGGUCGAUGUUCUUACAUGACAAAAGCAGUUUACCCACUAGUGUUUCGCAACCCUGUCUCGGAUUCUGAAGGCUUUGGUGAUGCUGACAUUAACGAUGUUGGCAAGUUGACACCCAGUGAAGAUCGCUUCUCACCAUUUCACUGGCAUGAAACCAGCUCCAGUGUUGAGCGCAAGUUUCACAAAACCCUUUCUGAACUUCAAAGGUCUGAAGCAUCACCAGACCCCAGUGCUAGCUCUAGAAGAGAAGGUUUUAGGUGGAGCAGUGCCAGCAGUUAUGAUCUGGGGUUAGAUGGAGAAAAGUUUGAAAUGGCGGAGCAUAUGGAUGUAGAGAGCCUGAGGUCCCCUAUUGGUCCUGUGGUAGACAACAAGUGUGGAGUUUGCGGAAAACUUUUGUGGCAGAAGUCCCCCUGGAGUUCACAUCGAAUAAUUAGAGGUGGUGACAUGCCAACUGCUGGGGUUCUACCCUGCAGCCACGUGUUCCAUGCUGAAUGCUUGGAGCAAGUUACCCUGAAGUCCCAGAUUAAUGAACCUCCCUGUCCGUUGUGCCUCAAAACCGUUGGAGCACUAGAAGAAUCUGUAUCAGUUUCAGAACCUUUGCAAGUGGCUUUAAGAUCUUUGCGAAGGAGCAGGGGUGCCAUGAUAUCUGAAGACCAGGAAGAUGAUGAGGUCUCAAACCAUAUCAAGGAAAAACUAAGGAGAAACUGGGCUCCAUCAACCCCACGAUGGAAUGACAGUUGUUCUUCAAUAAAAAAUCGUCUUAAGAAGCAUUUCAAGUUUAGAGGAAAAGUAAGGAAAGAUAUAUUCAGCACAAAGGUAUUCCAGAGGAUUGGUUCAUCUUCUUCUAGUAGGGAAGCAGUUCGGCAUUGAGUAUCUAUUUGGUAAUUCCAGAUACGUAACUCACUGGCAAAUGAUAGAUUUAGUCAUUUUGUGAACUCUCUGUUUCCUUUGAGUAUAUUAUCCUUUCACCUUGGUUUCUCAAUAUGGUUGUAAGUACAUCUUGAAUGUCUUAUUGCAUGCUUAAUCAGAAUAUGAGUUGCAAGCAAGUCAGGUUGUUUCUAAUGUGUUAUGAAAUCAGCUAUCUGUAUGAUCUAUAAUGUGUGAAGUUCAGUUGAUAGACCAUGAUUUGCAAUGAUCUUAACAACCUUGAAUGUUUGGAGAUCAAAUCUCGAUUUUAAUGUGUCAAUUGUCAACUGUUGGGGAACAGAAGGGUGAAUCUCAAAGCAAAUAAUAAAAGUUUCCUUCCUUUCUUUCCUUGGUCAUAUUCGCAUGAAAAAAGAAUGCAUAAACCAGCAUGGAUGGCAGAGAUUUGUCCCGGAUGAACCCAUGGAGAAAUAUCAUCUCCGGCGAGCAUCAAUCUCCAACUUUUUUUGGCUGUUAUCUAACUCAAUUUUGAAAUGGAUUUCGAGUUCAGGAUUCAAUAAUUGCAUGUAAAUAAAAGGUGUUCGUUAUUAGUUUUAGAAAGCAUACGAGUGCCUAAUCCGACAUUCCCAAGACAUAAAAAGAGAAGGCAAGAAGCAGCGUUUAAAAAAAAAGGGGCUUACAAUUUCAUAAAAAUAAAACAAUUUUCAAGCUAUACCAAUGGACCAUUGAGGGUUCUACCCACCUAAGGGCCAUGAUUGAGAUUUUAUAGAGAUGACUUUGGAUCGAAGCUUUAAUUCUAUAAAAGGCCGCCCAUGUUUGAUAUGAUCUUAAUAUUCGGCCAUCGCAAUCGUCAUGCCCUUUUCGUUUCCGCCAUACGAAAUUUUCGGAUUAACGGGAACAAGUACAUCUGCAUAUGAUUUUCUAAUUCAUGCUAGUAACAGGUUUGUAGAGAUGAAUAGGAUUUGGGUUGGGACUUGGGAUUGAGUUAACCCAUAUCUAAUUUUUGCAACAAAUUG